AUGAGGGAAGUUUUGUCAGUCCAGCCCGCGACCAAGAGGGGCAAGAUUGAGGAGAAAAAUGUGAUUUGCUUCUCAAGUAGGGAUCUUGAGCGCAUUCAAGCGCCGCACAAUGAUGCCCUAGUAGUCACCCUUCGCAUCAGAGACUUCGAUGUCAAGCGCAUCUUGAUCGACCAUGGUAGCUCGGUUGAGAUCAUGUAUUACGACGCCUUCAAGCAGCUCAAACUCCAGGAUACAGACUUGGCUCUGAUAACUUCGCCACUAGUUGGUUUCAACUCACAACCGGAGUGGCUGAUGGGAAAGAUAAUCUUACCGAUCAAAAUCGAAUCCGUGGUCCAGCAGGUGGAGUUCUGGGUAUUGACUGUGCCAUCCACAUACAAUCUGACCCUAGGUAGGGGAUGGUUUCACGCUAUGCAGGCGGUAGUGUCAACCUACCACCAGGUUAUGAGGUUUCCCUCGGCUAUAGGGGAAGUUGAGGAGAUUUGGGGCGAUCAAGAUGUCGAAGCAGUGUUUCGUGGUGGUGAACGGGAGCCGAGCUGCCAAAGGCUUCAUUCAAAUGAUCGAAAGUCUGGAAGACCAAAGUGUCCUUGA